AUGGAAGAUCUAGAGCAUAUGUGCUCUGAGGGUCCUUGGUCCAUGGAUGGUGCCUUUCUUUUUCUUGAAAGGUGGAGGCCGAAUCUGGUGAUGAAUAGGUUACAUUUGAAUUUUGUUUCUAUUUGGGUUCAACUCCACGGGUUACCCUUGGAAUAUCAAUACCCGGAGUUAGCAGAAAGGAUGGGUCAUAUGAUUGGUGCUUUUGAAAAGAUUGAUUGGGAAGAUAGGCUACCUCAAAAUAUCAGGUUCAUACGGGUUAAGGUGAGACUGAAUCCGUGGAUGCCAGUUGUUUCCGGAUUCAUGCUUCGCUUGGAUGAUGGAACCCGAACUUGGAUUCAAUGUAGGUAUGAAAAAGUCCACAAGCUAUGCACCAAAUGUAGUCCUAUCAGACACACCAGAAGCCAGUGUAGUGAGAGUAUGGAUGAAGUGAAAAGAAUUCUCAUCCGUCAAAGACACUGGAUUCAACGUCUUCACUAG